AUGAACGGCGAGUUCCUCCUUAACUAUAGCGACUUCUCCUUCUUCGUCAACCGUAACGGCUGGAGGGCUCAGCCAGACUGGAGAAUAGCGUGGGAAGGAAAUCCUGUCGCGUUCGCGUUAUCGUAUCCAUACAUUCUCGCUUUCGAAUCGAGCUUUAUAGAAAUCAGGCACAUUGAAAGCAGCGAACUAAUCCACGUCAUGACGGGACGGAAUAUUCGGAUGUUGCACUCGUCUACUAGGGAGAUUAUUUAUGCGUACGAAGACGAAGCAGGCGAAGAUGUGGUGGCUAGCUUGGACUUCUGGAACAAACCCGCGUAA